AUGCGAAAAUUUUCAGGUGCGAGAAUACCACCUGGUGGUCAACUGUCUGAGGAGGACAACAAAGGAACCUGGCGAGAUGCACACGCUAUCGUCAGCAUCCCAGAAGGUGAGCAGACGCUCAAGAAAGAGGGUGAAGCAACGAAAUCCGAAGCCAAAGAGGCGGUGUUGGUAGCGCAAACAACCGGAGCGGCUGGACAACAGGCGGCCGCAGGAGAAGCUAAAGGUGAAGGUGAAGGUGAGGCAACGAAAUCCGAAACAAAACAGGAAGGGCUCGCAGAGCAG